GGUGGCGGAAGUGAGAGCGGAGCGCUGGUGUUGGCCAUAAAGCCCGAGGCGGCGACGGCGACGGUGGUGGAAGAAGAAGGAGGCGGUGAAGGAGAAGGAGAGGGGAACCUCGUCGAGCGGACUUGGAGUGCCCUCUUCCCUGCUGUCCUGUUCGCCGAGCCCUCGAGACGCAUCCGGCAUCGCUCCCGAGCCCCCGGAGGAGCCGCCCGCCCUCUUGCCUGCGGAGCAGACUUUGUCUGGGCCAGAUGGUGGCCAGAGAAGUACCUCCCUCCUAAGACAAGUCCCAAUUGGAGAGCACAACAACUUUGGCAUUAAAAGAUGAGAAGAAAGGCCUAGUCAGCUGCACCAGGGGAAGUUGCUCGGAGGAGCCAUGACUGUUAACUGUGUGAGGAUAGAAGACCUCGAAGGAUCAGGUUUGACUAAAUGAAGGAAAAAGAUCAGAGAUUUCUGGAGACUCGAGUAGCAGAGUGGUAGAGCUGCUGGGCAGUGGUUGCAGUGCUGCCUGUUAAACGGCAGGGAGCCUUCAAGGAAUGAGCUUGAAAGAUGACCUCUAGGAAGAAAGUGUUGCUGAAAGUUAUCAUUCUAGGAGAUUCUGGGGUGGGUAAGACCUCACUCAUGAACCAGUAUGUGAACAAGAAAUUCAGUAAUCAGUACAAAGCAACAAUAGGAGCAGACUUUCUGACGAAGGAAGUGAUGGUGGAUGACAGACUAGUGACGAUGCAGAUCUGGGACACAGCAGGGCAAGAACGAUUUCAGUCCCUCGGUGUGGCCUUCUACAGAGGAGCAGACUGCUGCGUCCUGGUCUUUGAUGUGACUGCCCCUAACACAUUCAAAACUCUUGACAGCUGGAGAGAUGAAUUUCUCAUCCAAGCCAGUCCCAGGGAUCCUGAAAACUUCCCCUUUGUUGUAUUGGGAAACAAGAUUGACCUAGAAAACAGACAAGUUGGCACAAAACGAGCACAGGCCUGGUGCUACAGCAAAAAUAACAUCCCAUACUUUGAGACCAGUGCCAAGGAAGCCAUCAAUGUGGAGCAGGCUUUCCAAACCAUUGCACGAAAUGCACUUAAACAGGAAACGGAGGUGGAACUGUACAAUGAAUUCCCGGAGCCCAUCAAACUGGACAAGAACGACCGAGCAAAGGCUUCUGCUGAAAGCUGCAGCUGCUGAAGAGGCUGCGGGUAGAGCACAGAGCCCUUCACAAACGAAUAUCACACUUAGGCCUUCAGACACAAGCCCCCUCUCCUAGUCAAACAAACAAGAAAUCAAUUCUCCCAUUUCCAGCUGCCAAAAAAUGUCACCCAAAUCUGCCACGAGCAAACAUGAUCCCAUUUCUGUACACAGCUCCAUGUCAGCCCCUCCACAUCAGCUGUUCUGUACACUAGCAGGACCGGUCAUUUGUGGAAAGAAUUAGUUCUGAUGUGGGCUUGACAUUGGAAACAUUUCCAUUCAUCCAGUGGAGAAAAACUGUUGACAGUUAAUCUGUGUAUAAUUAGUUACCUGGUUUUUUAAACUGUCUCAUUUUUUUCUUCCUCCUUGUGAAGGCUGCACCUGGGAAGGCUGGUUACCCAUAGUUCAUUGCAAGCUCACACCCAGUUUAACUAGGUGGAGUUUUGUAUGUAUCUGUUAAUGCUUGUUACUUUUAACUAAUCAGAUCUUUUUACAGUAUCCAUUUAUUAUGUAAUGCUUCUUAGGAAAAAUCUUAUAGUACAUGUUAAUAUAUGCAACCAAUUAAAAUGUAUAAAUUAGUGUAAGAAAUUCUUGGAUUAUGUGUUUAAGUCCUGUAAUGCAGGUAUGUAGGAUGAGGGGAGAACUUUGUUCUGGAUUGCAGAGUGCUAGCAAUACAGAAUUUUGAAGUCCAGCUAGAGGCAGUAUUCUGUACAGUAGAAUCAAGAAUUACGUAAGCCUUUUUAUUGAAGACUUAAGAGCCAAAAAGCUUUUCAUCUCCUUGGUGGGGGGAGGGGGGUUAUCUAGUUACAUUUCUGUGUCUAAAUUUUCAAAAGGGUGAUUGGCGUUACACAUUGAUGUGUGCAAUGGAUUAAUGGAGACCAUUUGCAGGUCUUAAAAUUCUUCUUGUUUUUUCCCUGCUCCACAUUUUAAAACCUCCACUGAAUCAGCAUUCUACGAAAGUAAAAAAGGAAAAUCUACAGAUCCGUUCUAGUGAUUUUACCUUUGUUCUAGAAGGCGCUCCUUUCUGGGUUGUGGUAUUCUUAGGCUAGAAAACUUGUUCCUCCUCCCUCUCCUCCUGCCCCAGUAUUGCCCAUAUUACUGUUUCUUUGGUAUGGAGAAAUUUACAGUUUAGCUGCCCUCCCUAGUAUCUGUUCCUGCAUUGUAGCUUGCUUACAUGGAGCACUUCUCCCUAUUUUCCAGAGGUCUACAUUCUAGGGUGUGGGCUGAGUUCUUCUGUAAAGAGAUGAACGUGAUGCCAAUAAAAUUUAACAAGAACAAUGAC